AUGGGUGAAUCAUUUACAAUCCAAAUCAGCAGCAAUUUAGUUAGACAGCUGGCAGACGAUCCGGAGAAGUUGAAGAAGAAAACAAAGAAGCCGAAACCAAAGAUCUCUCUGGAACCCUGGCAGUCAGAAAAAGUACAUCCGAAGCAGAUUUCUGAUUUUUUCAACCAAGAGGGUCCUGGUGAUUCUGGAUGGCCACUUCAGCCUCCUUUAUACUUGCCGGUUCCCCCUGCACAAUCUGCAAACUCGGAGUUAGACGCUAUCCGGUCUGUCCUUCAGGAGAGCGAGAAAGUUGUGGAAAGGUUGAACAAACAGCAGGAAAACGUACUGCUGGAAGUAACUCAAAGAGCCAAGGAACUUCACGAUAAGGAGUUCAGACUUCCACAACAGAAGCCAAUGCCCUGUUUGGAAGAGAAAGAUGCUUGUUUGAAGUGCUACGAGGAACACAAGAAGGAUCCCCUAAAAUGUGCUCGUUUCGUCAAGGAUUUUGCAGAUUGUGCACGCAGAGUUAGGCAGCUAGUCAGCACAGUGGAUACAUAG